AUGCUGCAUUUACAGGAAUAUAUGGAAAUUCUGGUUUGGAACAAUGUAAACAUUGUUAUAAAUGUACUGAAAAUCUUCCAUGCAGUCUUCUCUUUGUCUCGUUGGAAGAAUAAGAAGUUCAGAGAAAAGAAAUCAAAUUUGUGUGAAUGCAAUGUCAAACAAGUUGGAGACAUUUGGAUUCCACCAAAGGUGCAAAUAAGCAAUGCGGGAACUCAAACGUACGAUAAUGAAGAAGAUGAGAGAAUUGCUUCCAUGGAUAUGUUUGGUUCAGACUUAGACUUUUGGGAUUUUGAAAUUUCAACAAUUCAAGCACAGUGGCCCAAAGAGACAAUUGAUGAUAGUGGGAGCCAGGAUGAAGCAGUUGCAGUAGAAGAGGGUAUGUUUUCUUUGUAUGAAAUGUUUGGCGAUUUCCAUACAAUGUAA